AUGAUCCACAGAGAAGAGAAGCCAUAUUGUGUGGAGUGCGGAAAGACCUUCUGUUACAAUCGUUCUCUUAUAAUACACCAAAGGAUUCACAAAGGAGAAAGACCAUAUCAAUGCAUGGAGUGUGGAAAGACCUUUAUUGGUACCAGUAGUCUUAAUUCCCACAAGAGAAUCCAUGCAGAAGAGAAACCAUAUCAGUGUAAGGAGUGUAGAAAGAUCUUUACUUGUACAAGUUCUCUUGAUUCCCACAAGAAGACCCACAUAGCAGAGAAGCCUUACCAAUGCAUGGAGUGUGGAAAGAGCUUUAGUUGUAGCAGUAAUCUUAAUUCCCACAAGAGGAUCCACACAGGAGAGAAGCCAUAUAAAUGUGUGGAAUGUGGAAAGGACUUUAGGUGGAAUUCUGCUCUUACCAGGCAUAAAAGGAUCCACACAGGGGAGAAACCAUAUCAAUAA